ACAUCUGAAAACGACGAAAGUGAAAAUUGCACAUCAUGAUCGGUGCACCGCACCGCUAAUACAGGACUAUUGCAGCAAACACACCGCUAAUUAGCGCGUUGAGGACACGGAGCGGGCCGGCGUGCAGUGCGCCACGAGGAUGGCCGUGAGGCGCACGGCCACAGACCUCAUCAGCACUGCGGCACUUCUGCGUCACAUAUCAGCUGUUUCGCCGGCGAGGGGCUCGCACUUGUGACGUUUCUAGUGUGUCGCGUGCCGCAGGCCGCCGGCACGAUGGCGUCCACCAUGCAGCUAGAGUUCACGCAGGCGAUGACCGAUUUCAAAACGAUGUUCCCAGAUAUGGACGACGAUGUUAUUGAAGCCGUACUACGCGCUAACCAAGGCGCUGUGGAUGCGACUAUUGACCAACUUCUAGCUAUGAGUACGGAUAACCAAAACGAACGUUUGCGGCUCGAAAUGGAACGAGUGGAGAGCAGCACGCCGUCACGUCGUAAAGACCGUCGCUCGGGCUGCAGAGCUACUGACAAUGGCGAGGAUAACGAUACCACAGCCCUCGUGGACGUUGAUGACGAUUCAAUACCCUUAGCUGUAAGAAGAAAAUGGGUGCCUAGAAUGCUGGGCCCUCUACCUCCCAUGUUUCUGCGAAUACCACCUGGCACAGACGCGAGAAUAGACCUGAGUUUAGAGAUGGAUGAUGACAGAAUCGCUACCUUCCUGCAGAAUGAGGAGUUCAUGGCGGAACUGCGAUGGAACCAGGAGUUCAUGGCUGCGUUAGACAGUGAACAGGGACAGAAAACGAAGUGUCAUGACGAUGAGGCUGCGUUUAAGGAGAGGCUAAAGAACAUGGGCAAAUCAUCCCGCAAGAAGUUCGCCCAGCUCUCGAAGAUGUUCAGUCGAGGCGGGUCACGGCGGUCGGGCAGUGCUCGAGCGCCACCUCGCGGCCCGCCAGACAGUCUGCUGCUCCAAGAGGAACACAGUGACGAUGACGAUCGCCCACAACACCACGUCAAAAUAUAAUGGUAUACUCUGCACGUACAGGUUUAAACGAAGAGAGAGCCUUAUAGGAAGUUACAAGGUUACGGAUAAGACUGGGUCUGUUUUGUGUAGCAUAAGAAAGGAAUACGAUUGAUAUUUUUAUGUAUAAGAGCUAAACGAAAAGCCGGCACUUGUUAAAGGUCUUUUGGCUAACCAUUAAUAUCCUGAUUUACCUGUAAGCAUCUUUGAGUGACAGAAAGAAAUGUCGCUUUUUGAAGAGUCCGGCCUGUAUCUAUGUUGUACACUUAUGGUGAAUGUCGUGUAAAGUAAGAUGAUGUUGUUAAAUUGCAAUAACUGUAAAAAUGUUUAAAUAAGUAGUUCAAGGCUUGCUCGCAUCCAUCAUACUUGUAAAUAGGCACGUGGGGUUCGCUUAGGAAGAAGGGCCGUCUCACUAUCGUAUGUUCGUAUGCUAAAUAGUUGAGGACUUUAGAUUCCAUUUCCUCAGAUGUAGCUUUUGUUAGAUAAAUUAUAUAAAGUAAGUAGGUAUUCUAUAGCAGAAUGCACGGAGGGCGCCCGUAUGGGCAUGAGACACGAAAUUCCGUACUCGGCUAUAGGUUAAAGACGGCCCUGGCCUUUGUCUGACAGGUUUAUAGAAAUUGUAUUCUGGCAUUUCUCCUAUUCUAAGAAGUAAGUAAAAUAUUUUCACGUGCAUCUUCCAUGGUUUCAUAAAAGGCAGUAUGAAUGGUUGAUGAUAUAGACAUGGCCUUCAUAUACACGUAGUCACACCUAGAAAACUGCAGUCAAUUUACAUAGAAAUGGUAAUCGAGUGGUCGACUCUUCGAUAACUUAAUUAUGCACAAACUGUCACAUCAGUGCGAAUGGAAGGACUUGAUAUUUUAUACUGGACAUGGAUACGUUUGCAAAGAAAGGCUGAUAAAAGAAACAAAUGUUUAAGUAAAUAUAAAGUAACCACUUCAUAGCUAGGUAAUGUAAAUAACUGUUCUAAUAGAUAAAUAGUCUGCUUUGUUCGAUACGAAUUUUAGUGCCGUUAGAGUUAGAUACUAAUUUUGUUGAAGUCAUCGUCGUUGAUCGAAAUCUGUGAGAUGAUGGGUAGUUAGAUAAUGCACUCGCUGUACUUUUGUCUGCACGAUUGACCAUGACAAUGGGGCUUUACUGAAGCCUUAAAUAUAAUAAAUACCGCCAUUUAUUCCGUCGAAGCGAGCUUUGCAUUACUCGGGUUUAACGUAUCAUGUGGAAUAUGGAAUCGAAUAAAGCAAUAUUAAAUUAAGUUUGUUCUAUGGCGUUUGUCGUCGUGUUAUGUACUGAUUUUCUUGUAUGAAUCACUUCAUUUUAUAAUCUGUUAAAUUAUAUUCUUCACAGCUAAAUUAAAAGUAGUUAAUUAGUCCAGUCAUUUGGUAGAUAA